UUCACGACUUCACACAUCAUGAAUAAUGCUAGUGUCGACUUUGCUUCUAGCGUCAAGAAUUCAUGCAAGAGGAAAAAUAAUAAUAAAACGUCCCAAGGGCAACGCUGCAUAGCAAGAAGUAUUUCGGAGCCGCUGAUCAGCAUUUGCCAACACUGCUGUCGGUUUUAUGUAUUUGAAUAUGAUUUUCAAAACCCUUUGACUGAAGGUAAUGUAAAGGAAUGGUUGGGGAAGGAUCUGUGAUUAUAUCACCCCCCCCCCCAUAAUUUAGUAACGUCCCCACUGCGCAUGUAGCCAGUGCAGACAGCGCUCCUCCAUCUUGGGGGACAGUAUCAUCCACAAAAUACAUUUUAACAAAAUAAUAACAAUAGUGGCAGAUGUGGUUAAGGCGCAGCGGGGAAGACUGACGGCGGCGCGGUGAGCUGGCAGGAGCUGUCGUGGCGACGGCGCCAGUGCUGCGAAAGGCGAGCGCUCGUCAUCCAGCACAAGGCACAAUCCGGGAUCUCCAACGAAAUCUACUUAAAUUAAAAUUACGCAGACAUGCAGGAUUAGCUUUGUGUGGGAGAGAGCAGUCAUUUUGAGAAUGGAGCUGAUCAAGGCGUUCCUUCUCUUUCUCAUCAUCUGCGUUGGUAUUGAACGGAGUUUGUCCGGUGAAGCAACUACAAAGAAAGGAAAGGGAAAGAAGAAGCAGUAUCCCUGUCCAUCAGAACAAUCAGCUGAAGAUCUUGCACGGACUCCUGCAAAUUCCACCAGUAACAUCCUCAGCAGAUUACUUGUCUCAUAUGACCCAAGAAUACGGCCAAAUUUUAAAGAUAUUCCAGUUGAUGUACAAGUAAAUAUUUUCAUUAACAGUUUUGGCUCAAUCCAUGAAACAACUAUGGACUAUAGAGUGAAUAUAUUCCUGAGACAAAAAUGGAAUGACCCUCGACUCAAACUACCAAAUGAUUUUAAGGGUUCAGAUGCUCUGACUGUGGAUCCAACAAUGUUCAAUUGCUUAUGGAAGCCUGAUUUAUUUUUUGCAAAUGAAAAGAAUGCAAAUUUUCAUGAUGUAACACAAGACAACAUCCUGCUCUUUAUAUUCCGGAAUGGUGAUGUGCUGCUCAGUAUGAGGUUGUCAAUAACACUUUCAUGCCCUCUUGAUUUGACCCUGUUUCCCAUGGAUACACAGCGUUGCAAGAUUCAGCUGGAGAGCUUUGGCUACACCACCGAAGACCUGAAAUUCAUUUGGCAAGCUAAGGACCCCGUUCAGAUGGAAGAGAUUGCAUUACCACAGUUUGAUGUUAAAGAGGAAGAUAUUGAAUAUGGAAACUGCACAAAGUAUUAUGAAGGCACUGGUUAUUACACAUGCGUGGAAGUGAUUUUUACAUUGAGAAGACAGGUUGGAUAUUACAUGAUGGGCGUUUAUGCUCCAACUCUUCUGAUAGUUGUCCUUUCUUGGCUGUCAUUCUGGAUAAACCCUGAUGCAAGUGCUGCAAGAGUACCUUUAGGCAUCUUCUCAGUCCUCAACUUGUCAUCCGAGUGUAUGAACCUUGCUGCAGAACUGCCCAAGGUCUCCUAUGUAAAAGCCAUGGAUAUCUGGUUGAUUGCUUGUCUUCUGUUUGGGUUUGCAUCUCUUGUGGAAUAUGCGGUUGUGCAGGUUUUGUUGAAUAGCUCAAAAAUAGUUGAAGCUGAAAGGGCUCGAAUCCAAAAGAAGUUGAAGGCAAAGGAGCAAGCAAUUGCAUCUGAAGGGAAAGGAUGUGGAAACUGGGUUAAACCUUCUUCUAAAAAUACUGUUAAUGGCACAGAUACCCCUGUUCAUAUUAGCACAUUACAGGUUGCUGAAACAAGAUGCAAAAAGGUUUGCACUUCCAAAUCUGACCUGAGAUCCAAUGACUUCAGUAUUGUUGGCAGCUUGCCUCGGGACUUUGAAUUGUCCAACUAUGAUUGCUAUGGAAAACCAAUUGAAGUUAACAAUGGUCUUGGGAAGCUUCAGUUAAAAAAUAAUAAGAAGCCUCCACCUCCAAAGCCUGUCAUCCCAACUGAAGCGAAACGGAUCGACCUCUAUGCAAGAGCCGUGUUUCCAUUCUGCUUCCUCUUUUUUAAUGUCAUAUACUGGUCUGCAUAUCUAUGAACGUUCCAUUGUUAUGUUUCAUUGUAUGAGAAAUAUCAAAGAAUGGUAUCUCUCAAGCAUAUUUUUUCAUUCUAAAUGCUUUGUGAUUAAAAGUUGAUUUGAAACCAAAUGUAUUCAUGACAAAUUUGAAUGAAAGCAUGAAAUUGCAAUGCAGAUAUUCUAACCAAACUAUGCUGUAUGUUGCUGUACAGCACCCAGGCUGCUCUGGAGUUCAUGAAAACUGAGCUACAUUGUAAUCAUUCUCCUAUUCUCAGAAUAACAUGUUGGUGAUGUUGUGAUAGAUCGUUGAAAAUGUGUUGAAAGUUUGAUGUUACUUUUAACUGAGCACGCUUAAUGUUACUAAUGUAUGAAUUUAUGAAAAAUUUUACGUUUCAUAUCGUAAGUGAAGUUUGUUUUGAAAUCAUGUUUCCAGAACCUGCCCUUCAGUUUUGGAUCGAAAGUGAGCUUUUGUUCAUACCACUGCCAUUUGUAAAUGAGAAAAAUAUAGUAUAUAUUUCUCCAUUUGUCAAAGUUUGAUAGAUAAAUUACCAAGUCUAUUGAGAUGCUGUAAUAUUAACUAUAAAAUGUAUAUCAGUAAUGGCUUUUGUUUCAACAGUGAGUAAUAUAAAUAUAUGUAUAUCACAUAUACAACUUCAGCAAUAUCUGAAAUCAAAUAAAGCAUUUAGGUGGUAUCUGUGUAUGAAUAAUGUCCUUAUAAAAGAGAUUAUAGAGAAAUAAAGAAAUGUGCACAAAUUGUGUACCUGAUGCUUUCAUUCCAUGCACUGAUUGAAAAUAUAUUAGCUGCUGUAUAAUGUCAGUGCACUUUAUAACAGCUUCUAUUAAGUUUGAUGGCAUCUAUUUAUUUAUGGUGCACAUAAUAGGCCACACACAGCUAUAUACAGUGGUAUGCAAAAGUUUGGGCACCCCAGUCAAAAUUUCUGUUACUGUGAAUAGCUAAGCAAGUAAAAGAUGAACUGAUUUCCAAAAGGCAUAAAGUUAAAGAUGACACUUUUCUUUAAUAUUUUAAGCAAGAAAACUUUUUUAUUUCCAUCUUUUACAGUUUCAAAGUAACAAAAAAGGAAAAGGGCCUGAAGCAAAAGUUCUAUUUUAACUUUAUCAGUCCACAGGACUUGUUUCCAAAAUGCAUCAGGCUUGUUUAGAUAUUCCUUUGAACCUUUUGAAUAGAUCUUUUUGGCCACAAUGAGCAAAGGUAUGUUUGGAGAAAAAGAGUGCAGAAUUUCAUGAAAAGAUCCCCUCUCCAACUGUUAAGGACAGGGGUAGAUCGAUUAUGCUUUGGGCUUGUGUUGCAGCCAGUGGCACGGGGAACAUUUCACUGGUAGAGGGAAGAAUGAAUUCAAUUAAGUACCAGCAAAUUCUGGAAGCAAACAUCACACCGUCUGUAAAAAAGCCAAAGGUGAAAAGAGGAUAAUGAUCCUGAACACACCUCAAGAGGCGCAAGCUGAAGGUUUUGCCAUGGCCCUCACAGUCCCCUGACCUAAGCAUCAUCAAGAAUCUGUGGAUAGACCUGAAAAGAGCAGUGCAUGCAAGUCAGCCCAAGAAUCUCACAGAACUAGAAGCCUUUUGCAAGGAAGAAUGGGCAAAAAUCUCCCAAACAAGAAUUGAAAGACUCUUAGUUGGCUACAAAAAGUGUUCACAAGCUGUGAUACUUGUCAAAGGGGGUGUUACUAAAUACUGACCAUGCAGGGUGCCCAAACUUUUGCUUCAGGCCCUUUUCCUUUUUUGUUAUUUUGAAACUGUAAAAGAU